UGUAUAAAUGACCUCCCAUCGCUAUAUGGUUCAAAUUAUUUACGUAUUUCUACUGCGGCAAAUAUUUUAACUUAAAUUAAACAAACACGUUGUAAUCAUUUAAAUGGAUCCCAAUUUGGAAUACUGGCAAAACAACGGGAAGACUUUCCUGAGCAGACUUCGCAUCUGGUUGAAUAUUCUUGAUCCCAGCUCUAUCCUGUCCUCUGAUGUUGAAAUUGAUAAUGCUCGUUCUCUGAUCAGAAGGGAUGGAAAUAAGCUAAAGGAUGAAAAGGUCAUCAAUGCCUGGAAACUUUCUCUUUGCUCGGUGCACGCCGAUACCGGAGAGCCAAUUUCCACUGUUUUACGUCCGCAAGCUUUUCUGCCUGUAUCAGCUCCUUUUGUUAUUGCAAGUUUAAUGCUACAUAAAGGAGUAACUCCUGCCUUAUUUUGGCAGUUUCUGUUGCACGGCUACUGUGCAGGUUUCAACUACGCCAACAGAAAUGCAACAGCCACACCGGAGAAAAAGCUCUCAACGAAACAGUCACUUCUUAUCACUGGAACAGUGGCAUAUUCAACAUUUGCAGGGGCCCUUCCUCAAAUUAUAAUCAAGCGUCUGGCAGUCAGCAGUAGCUCAGCUCAGGCCUUCUGUAGGUCAGUGCUGCCUGUUCCUCUGUCAGCAUGUUUGGCUGCCUUCAGUGUCUUUGUGGUGAGAAGUGAAGAAUCAGAGAAUGGAAUAAAAGUCUUUGACUCCAGUGGGAAUCCAGUUGGUGUCUCAAGGGAAGCUGGAUACAAGGCUGUAAAGGAGACUGCCAUAUCUCGAGCAACACUUUUUGGUACCACUGCACUUGUUCCUAAUCUUAUGGUGCUCCUUCUCAGGAGGGGAAAGUUAGCCAAAAUGAACCCAAUGAUGUUUGCUCCUGUUAGACACAUGAGCACUGCCAUUGUCCUUGGUUUGAUGAUCCCUGUGUCCUUCAGUCUGUUUCCACAACUUGGCAAGAUUAAAAAGGAGAACGUAGAAAAGGAGCUGCAAAAUUUAACAGGUGAUGUGGAGCUGUAUUACCACAGAGGACUCUAAAUGUCACCUCACCAACCAACACAACAAAAGAAAGCAGUGUGGUCGUAUCCUGAUGCCUUUAUUCCUGCUGCUCGAUUUAAAGUAUAAAACACCACAGCUCCAUUUAUCUUGACAGGAUACAAUGCACGUGUAUUGCUAAGCAGAUGAGGAUUAAUGCCAUAAAGAGGGAAAGAAAAAGCAGAUGUUUUAUCUGCGGUGAUACUGAAUCCUGCACCUUUCUCAGCACUGUCGCCCACAAUAACACCAUACAAGUUGUAGUUAAUAAAACCAUAACAUUUGACAAUUA